AUGGCCGCUAAGAAAGCCACUGGGACCAUGCGUCGGUCCAGCCAAUCUACGGAGAUCCCUCUCCCAAUUACCUAUACUCCCACCACCCAUCGCAUCAGCAAGGCAAAGAAGGGGAAGCGUGUGCAUGCUUGUGAAUAUCCUGGAUGCAACAAGGUCUUCACGCGAGCAGAGCACAGGAGGCGUCAUGAGUUGAACCACAACCCCGAGGCAUUGUUCCGUUGCACACAUCACAAUUGCAAGAAGGCCUUUCACCGUCCUGACCUACUAGCACGUCACAUGGAAAGACACGAGCUCGAGGCACAGAUGGACAACACACAAUGGGAAAGGCACAGCCGUGGUCCCAUGGUCUCUGAGCCUCAUUAUGUGACCAAGUGUGCGCCCAUCGAUCCCAACUCCGCAACUUACAUCGCUGUAACUCAACAGCCCAACUCUAUGUCUAUUGGUUCCCUCGUGGGGCCAGCAAUUCACCCCGACCUGGCAAACGAUUGCGGUAUGAUGUGGCACGAAAUGCCCAUGCAUUCUCAGCAUCAAGCCCCCAUGUACCCGAGUAACCACAUCCACGAGUCUGUGGAAGACACUCGAUUCUAUGGCUCCCCCGAGUCUUGCUCAUCUCCUUCUUCAGACGGGGCGACGUUAUCGAUUCCCUCUCACCCACGGUCCUCCCUGUCCUCGACUCCCGUUGCAGUGGUGGACCCUUAUCCCGAAAACAUCAUUGAAUCCGACUUGACUUCGUCUCCCAUGUCUAUGACCGCCAACGUACGAUGCUGGGAUCAGCAGGAACAUAAUCUCGCUUCCUCAAAUAUUGUACAACUCUCUCUCCACGACGGUCUCGUUCAACCCCCCCUUCAGUGCCAUUAUCCAUCGCCAGCUUGGUCUACACCACACCAGUUGGGAUAUGACGAACACCCUCUUCCGCCCGUCACUCAUUACGUACCACCCGUGGCCUGGAAGUCAUGGACGCUAUGA